AUGAGAAAAACUAUAUUCAGAUUUUCAAGAGCCACAUAUCUUGAUUUCUAAGCUACUACACCUACAGAUUAUAGAGUUUUAGAUGCUAUGUUGCCCUAUUUAACUAAUCAAUAUGGUAAUCCUCAUAGUAAAACACAUUCAUUUGGAUGGGAAACUGAAAAAGCAGUGGAAAAAGCAAGAUCCUAAGUUAUUUAUUCAAUUUAUUAAAUAGAUAGCAAGCUUAAUUAACACAUAACCUUAAAGCAUCAUUUUUACUUCAGGGGCAACUGAAAGUAACAAUGCUGCAUUAAAGGGUUUAUAUGGUUUUUAUGGAAAAUAGAAAAAUCAUAUCAUCACAACACAAACUGAACAUAAAUGUGUUUUAGAUACUUGUAGAUAUCUAGAAGAUAAAGGAGUAGAAGUAACAUAUUUACCUGUUGAUUCUAAUGGAUUAAUUUCUUUACAAUAAUUAUAGGAAUCAAUUAAAUCCAAUACAUUAUGUGUAAGUGUUAUGCUUGUGAAUAAUGAAAUAGGAGUCAUUUAAAACUUAAAAGAAAUAAGUAGAAUAUGUCAUCAAAGAGGAGUAUAUGUUCAUUCUGAUAUGGCUUAAGCUAUUGCUAAAAUUCCUGUUGAUAUUUAAGAUCUUGAUAUAGAUUUAGGUAGUAUAUCAGCACAUAAACUAUAUGGACCCAAAGGAAUUGGAGCUUUAUAUGUUAGAAGAAAACCAAGAGUUAGAUUAUAAUAAAUUAUUCAUGGAGGUGGUUAAGAAAGAGGUUUAAGGAGUGGUACACUUGCACCUCAUUUAUGUGUUGGAUUUGGAAAAGCUGCUGAAAUUGCAUAAGCUGAAUUACCAUAUGAUAUUUAACAUGUUGAUAAAUUAUACAAAAGACUUCUAAAUGGAAUCAAAGAAUAAAUUCCAUAAAUUUAAAUAAAUGGUUCAUUAGAACAUCGUUACAAAGGUAAUUUGAAUGUUUCAUUUGCUUUUGUUGAAGGAGAAUCUUUAAUUAUGGCUAUCAAAUAGGUUGCUGUCUCCUCUGGAUCAGCUUGUACAUCUGCCUCUCUUGAACCAUCUUAUGUUUUAAGAGCCUUAGGAGUACAAGAAGAUAUGGCUCAUACUAGUUUAAGAAUUGGUAUUGGGUAUAUUUUAUUAUAUAUGUAGUCGAUUUACUACUGAAAAAGAAAUUGAUUUCUUACUUGACUAGUUGAGUACAGCUGUUAGAAAGUUGAGAGAAAUGUCUCCUUUAUGGGAAAUGCAUUAGGAAGGAAUAGAUAUCAAUAAAAUAGAAUGGACUCAACCACAUUGA